AUGUUCCGGGGCUCCAUGAGUAACCCCUUCGGCGUUUGGUGUGAAUUUGUGUGGACAUUUGGUCUGAUCGUGGCUCUGGUCAUCUUUCUGCUGGAGAAGUUCCUGAUUGAUAUCCUAGUGGCGGCAAUCGUAUUGAAGGACUCCUGGGCCGAUUUAGCUUGUGGACUUUCCCUCCAAGCUUCUGCCAUGCUGCUGUCAGCCUCCAUCAUCUACUGCGCUGUUUUCGUUUGUGGACACUUCGCCUGCAUCGCUGACAUUUUCUGUGCCAUUUUCUCCAUAAUAGCCUUCAUCAUCUACACGGUGGAAGCCGUCAUGGCCAAGCUCCAGUGUCCAAGUGGCUAUUUGUCAAACUGGAAAGGACACUUGCGUUUUGCUCAAGCUUUUGUUGCCUGCAUCCUUCUGGCCGCAGUAUCUGACUACUUCAUGGGUGUGGAGAGCCACUACAGACCGCCAGCCAUGGUGUGGUGCACUGUGGUCUAUGUAGUCUGCUUCCCAGUGUCUGUGCUGAUCAUCCUGAUCCACAUCAUCAAACUGCUGUGGGGAUUGCUCUGCUUUGCGCUGGACAAACUGGAGGUCAUCUUCAACAUCAUUGCAGUGGCGCUCUACGUGUCUGCUGCUAUUCUCUGGCCAAUCUAUGCAUGCAGAAAUUACUAUCAUGACCAAGCACAUGAGAACUGGACAUAUGACCGGCGCUAUCAUGACCAGAACGCAGUUACAGUCCUGACAUAUGUGAAUUUGGGCUUAUAUGUGGCAGACCUGGUCUGGUCACUGCUUUCUCUUUAUAAGCGAAUCUAA